GCGACAUGAGUCAUAUUCUGAUAAGUUCGGACAUUGACAUUAUGCUUGUUAACCUCAAAACAAAAUUUGUCUAACAAAUGUUAAAAAAACACAUUUUCCUUUAAAUAAUUUCUUUGCAUCUAGUGUAAAAAACGUUAAAAAAAUGGCAAAUACGCUAUUUUCAGUCCUGAGGAAACCGCUAGUUCUAAAUAUUUUGACCAAAAAUAUAGGACUGGCUUCCAUUUAUGCACAAGAUAUAAGGAAUCUCUAUUCCAAGUCAGCUCUGGGCCUGGAUGGGUUCGAGCAUCAACAACAACGUAUUAAACUUCAAAUGUCUAGCAUCGGCGAUAAAUUUAGAGAAAAAAUGUCUGAAAGUGUGUCUGAGGAGUCAAAAAAUAUGAUUUUUACUGAAGACUUGAAAAAUAUGAUUCACAUUGCUGAGACUGAUCAGGAUGUCGGGUUGGUUGUGGAAAUGUUGAAAAGGUACAACAAACAGAAUAAAUCUUUAAGAUUUGGCAACUAUAUUUUUGGCCCUGUUGUCAUGCGGAUGCUUUACCUUCACAAUAAAUCGGAUUUAGCUGUCGAGUGUUUUAGAUCCGAAGAAUUGUCCGGAUUGUUUGACCAGUAUGUUUCCUUUCAAAUUUUGCUCGAUUUGCUUUAUGAAAACGGCAAAUUCAAAGAGUUGUUGGAAAUGUUUGAAAUCAUAGUAGAAAAACAGCUGGAAGGGCACAAAUAUCCAAAGAAUGUUGUAGUUUUGGCAAUGGCUGCCUGUUAUAAAUUGAAUAACCAAGAAUCUCUGGAUUAUGCACUAAAUCUGUGGUCCCGUUUAACCGAAAGUGGCCAUCAACCAAUGAGAAGGGCAACCACUUUCUGUGCUUGUCUUGCAGUCAACCAGGGCAAACCUGACAUCGCUCUAGAAAUCUUAUGCAGUGCUAGAAACCAGAAUUACACAACUGUGAGAAAUAUUCGAGUUGCAGCUUUAGCGGAUAUCGGCCGACUCGAGGAUGUUCUGCCUAUUUUGAAAAAUGUUGUUUCUGAUGAUCUGCAACAGGGACAACAAGUGCAUACAUUUAAUAGAGAUGUUAUAGAACAGAUUGAAAAAGCUGUUUCAAAGUCGGAUAAUCCCGAGUUGACGUUGGAGUUUAACAGGCUGAAGCAGAUUUUCGAGAAACAAGGACACAUCAAUAAUACGACGCUAAAUGAACAACUAUGCCUGGAAAUUCAAAAACCUCCGACAAAUACUGGCGACCCUUAUGCCAGAUUCGACUUUAGGCAAAAUUACCAAUCAAGAGGGCAACAGAAUUAUAAUAACAAUAAUUUCCAACAGCCAAGAAAACAAAGAGGUGGAAGAUUUCAACAGAAACCAGGAUUAGAGGAAUUAGUUUAAUAUAAAGAAAUUAUUCGACAUUGAACAUGAAUGGUUUUUGUUUGGCUGGAACUUGUUCCUAUUACCCAUUCAAUUGUAUUAAAAUGACUUAAAACUAUUUAAUUUUUGUACAGUUGAAAUAAUAAAUUCGUUCUUUU